AUGUUUCAACCGUCUACACAGGUGGAUUUUGCGGCUUUUUAUAUGAAGCUUUUCGAUCGGGAUUAUGACGAUACCAAACUGCAGAAAUAUCGAAAUGUGAGGCCGAAAAUUGACCAUCCGGCCAAGGAGCAGGUGCGUUUUGGAAGGAUUUAUUAUAAAUGUCGGGGUUUUGGUACGAAAAUUUUUUGGAUUUUUCCGGCAAGGGUGAUAAUUCCAUGCGCCCGACUUUAAACUACUUACGCACCGCUGGAUUCUUUAGUAUAGGAAUAAAGGAACUCGUUUGAGAUACUUAAGAACUCCAGAGUGGUCUGUUUAGGGGUAUCCUUGGGGACCCUUGGAGGGUUUAGCAACCCCUAUAGAAGCCACUAAAACUUGCAAAAGUGGUCCCUAUAGGGGAACAUGUUAAACGAUAAUUCUUAUGUACUCUAUGCGAAAAAUUAAAUAAAAAAGCGUUUUUAAAUGAAUUUGAAAGAUCCCGAUAGGGACCACUUAAGCUUUAGGGGUUAAGGGGUCAGACCUUAAACCUAGGGACCGCAGACCAAUUUUCAAAAAAUUUUUUUCAGCAUUGAGCUUUGUAUGGUUUGAUAGCUGUUUCGAUUCAAAACUCAGAACCGUUUAGUUUUUCGAAAAAGAUUGAGGAUGAAAAAAGUUAUGACGAAAAAUGUGGCGCGCCGCGCACCAUUUUUUUAGUACUGAAAUUUUGGUAUUAUCCAUUUUUGACAUUUUUCUCGAUUUUUCUUCUAGAACAAGUUUUGAUACUGGUCUAUUAUGAUGUAACAAAUCAUAAUAGAGUGCUAAAAUGAUGCUAAUCAGCUAGUUUGCCGAAAAAGUCGGUAUUUUCCAGAAAACAAAAAACUGACGCUUGCGGGCAUCGAACUCGCGACCUCAAAAUGAAAAAAAUCGCAGCGCACGCGCUGCGCCAAGCUGCUAGGUCUAGCAAGGGAGCUUCCAUCCGCCUUACCCUUGAGCCGUUUAGAUAGCACAGAUUGCCUAUUUCAAAAAAAUAAAAAAACUUGAAGUAAUUCAGCUAUUUUUUUAUCAGAAUAUGUUCGCAAAUCUUUACUCAAACUUUCCGUGAAAAUUCACUUCGAAAAAAACUGUUUUUUUAGUGCUUUUUUUCCUCGUUUAACGAUCGCUGCCUUAAAACGGCCCCGUAAAUUUUUUUGGCAAAGACGAAUUUUUUUAUUUUUAUUCUUUUUAAUUGAAAGAUUUUUUUCACUAAUAAAUGUAUAUAAUCGUUUAAAAAAACCUGCGUUCGGCCGCUUUCUGUGUGAUAAACGCCGCUAAUUUUUAUUCUCUAGUUUCAAGAGCAUUUUUUUGCGUAUUAAACAACUAUUUCAAGCACAGAUACUGUGAAGAAAAAAAUUUAAGUAAGGCCAUGAUCUAAAUUUUUUUAAAAAAACAAAAAAACUUGAUUAUAUUCGCUUAUUAACGAUAUUUUUGAAUUAUGACUUUCGGCGCUCCCUAAAAAUUUUUUUGGCAAAGACGAAUUUUUUUAUUUUUAUUGUUUUAAAAUUUUCGUUACUUGAAUCAAAAAUCAUUAUUUAAAAAAAGAAAGAGUGCGUUCGACCUGAAAACACAUGAAAAAAAGCAAAAAAAUGACAAAAAUUUUUUUAGUUCCAUUCACGUUUUUUUGUACGACAUUCCGCGAGAACGCAUCAAAAAAAGCGUGAAAUAUUUUUUAAACGAAAGAGGAAGCUUUUCUGUACAUGUGUGUCAAAUUUUAUUCGCCAGUUCCACAUAUUUUGCAACUACAACAAAAUGAAAGUUGAAAACCAAAAAAAAGCCACUUUUUCUAUCGCGAAAAGGGGCGUGGCUUUGCGGUCCCUACUUAAACCGCUACCGCCUUCAAACCACUAUAGUGACCGCUUUUCGGCCUGUAACCCCUGUAGGGACCACUCAGAAAUUCCUAAGUAGGACCAUAAAAUUUAAAAUUUUCUGAAACGCCUUUUCAAUCAUUUUCAAAUGUUAGAAGAUCGCCUUAUUUAAAAUAUCCGUUAAAAUUCACUCAAAGCGCUCCAAAGCUAUUUCCCUGCACCCGACGUAAAACUACUCACGCACAACGGCAUUUUUCAGUAUAAGAUAGUGGGAUAUCGCUCGGGUACACAUGUAGUAUCAAAACAUAACAAUUCGAGCUAUUAUAUCUGAAUUUUCGACCGGAUUUUCAGCCCCGCGGUAAGGCGGCUGCACCGUAUAUGCAGGAAGGUACAAUGUUGGGCCGUUCCAAGACGUUUCUCAUCGAAAAACUCAUCGCCGGCGGCGGAUUCGGACAGAUUUAUCGGGCCGUCGAUGUGGUGAAUUUUGCCAGAAACAAUUUAUCAAGUACAUUAAAAAAAAUGUGCUCUGAAAACGCUUGGAAGGUCUUAGGAAAAAAAAUUAAGCUAACAGUAUUCAAAAAAAAAAAUUUUAAAUUGGAAGAAACGAAGAAAAAAGCGAAAAUCCGGAAGUUGGCGAAGCCUGCUGUCCAUAGAGCAACUUUACUGCAAAGCGCCCUUUUUGGCGGCAACUCAAACUUUCUUCUCUCCGACUUUGAAUAAUUUUUUCUCCAAAACUAGGAACUUCUGUACGUUUCCAAGUUCACCGUUCGAUUCGCAAUGAAAAACUGUACGAAGGACUGUUUUGAACUGAAACCCCGUUUUUUACUGCCCCUAUGCCUUUAAAAAAAAGAUAGGCUCGCCUUAUUCCGAAGUUUCAUCAUGCGCUAAAAUCCGUCUGCGAUCAAUUUAUCCUUUUCCAACCUAAAAUUGAUUUUUAAGUUCAAGCUUCCUGUUUCAGGACAGAAAUGAGAUCCUGGCGGUGAAAGUCGAACGGGAACGGCCACCAGAAUCCGCCAGAAUGGUGCUCGAAGCUCGUGUCCUCGGCGAGCUCCAGGGUGUUGCUCAUUUCCCAAAAAUUGUUGGUCUUUGAGUUUAUUGAAACUUUCUAGUGGAGAAGCUCAAAGUGAAUACAAAUUCAAAAAAAAGCCUUACUUUUUUGAAAUUUCUAUCUAACGUUAACCAGAAAAAAUCUUUUGUUUGGAAAUUUUUUAAAUGUUGGCUAAAAACUUCUAAUAUUCCAGUACUACAUCGGCCACUACGGGGAUUGCAAUUAUAUCGUGAUGCAAAUGUUGGGCCGAAAUCUGACCGAUAUUCGGAAAGCCCUGCCAGCCAAACGAUUCACUGUUCACUCGGUUCGGUUUUACGAUUGCGCUUUUGAUUUUUAUGUUUUUGGUGGACUCAUACUUUUGACUUGAAACAGUCUAUUUUCUUUGUCCCCUUUGUAUCUCUGGGAUACUCGUUUUUUUCUUAUACUUGCUAUUUUUCUAUGACCACCCCCCCUCGGAACGCUAUCUAUAAUCACUUCCCCCUUGGAUCUUUUUCAUAUUGGCAGCGCCUAAAAUUUUAGAUAUUACGUUUUUUUAAUUUGGCAGCGCCUUGAACUGGAAAGAGACGCAGACGGUCAGAUUUUUUAGUGGCCACUAUUGGGUUUUGACGUUUUAGUGUGUUGAGAAUUAGGGGCCACUGUAGAGGUCUAAGUGCUACUACUAGACCACUAAAAAUUUUAGUGGCCACUUUAGGGGUCAAUGGAUCAUCAUAACUGGUCCAAUAUGUUUGUUUUAAAGUUAUCAGAGUUAUUGGAAGGAAUACUGGAUGAAAAACUACUGAAGUGGCCACUAAAACGGAAAAUAGUGGCCACUAUAGUGGUGGGCUUAGUGGCCACUUUAGUGUCAUCUCCAAGUAGUCCUUGGCGAGCCUCUAUAGUGAAAUUUUCCCAGAAAACCAAAAAAUGACACAAUUUUAACAGAAAUUGAUCAAAAGAAGAGAAAAAGAAAAAUUAAUUUAAGACGAUUCGCGUCGGAAUUCAAAUGGUGACCGCUUUAAAGUCUCUUCAUGACAAUGGAUAUCUGCAUAGGUAAUCAAUUUCUUUCUAGAAGAUGAAAAAAACUUUUUUUUUCAGGGACAUGAAACCAACGAACAUGUGCGCCGGAAUCGAUUCGCAUCGUCGCCAGAUUUAUCUCGUUGAUUUUGGUUAGUUGGAAAAAUUCCUUUUUUUUCUACUGUGUUUCCCAGUUUUUACCUUGGACGCUUCAAAUUGUGAAUUGAACUGAGAUAGUUACAAAACUGAGCUUGAUUUUCUCUGAAAGCUUUUUUUUCUGAUUCAAGUGCGCUCUAAUGAAUAAAAAGUGCCUUAAUUCAUCAAAAAUGAUAUAAUUCUUCAAUGGAGCACACUUGCCAUCGUGGCUAUUUCUUCCCAACUUCCAGGGAUGGUCCGGAACUUCAAGGCGGACGAUGGAAGUACUCGGCAACCGAGGGCCUACGCCGGCUUCCGCGGUACUCAGCGCUACGCCUCGAUCAACGUCCACGAUCGUUUCGAUCAGGUCACGUCAUGACCGCGACGCGACCGCAAUGCCUGACUUUUAGGGGCCUGUAGAUGAUCUUUGGAGUCUGUACUAUUCGUUGAUUGAACUGGCCGAAGGAAACCUGCCUUGGAAAAUGUUUGAAACCCCUGAUGAGGUGGCGCAAAUCAAGAAGAAUCUUCGAUUUGAGGAUCUUUCCAGGUUUUUUUUUACUUGAGCGUUUUGGAGUUCAAGGGGCCACUUGAGUAAAUAUUUGCUUCUCUUUCUGGUUAGAAGGCUUUAAGUGACCACUUGAAGAGUUUUUCAAAUUUUUAGUAAAUUUUAAAGAGAAAAUGAAGACCCAAUAAUGGGCAUCACUCGAAAUUUUUGUGGUGCUUUUCCGUAUUUUUCUCAUUUUUACCCUAAAGUGGUCACUUGAAAAGUUUUUCAAAUGUUUAGGGUAUAUUCAAGAUGUAAUGAAGUCCCAAUAAUACGCAUCACUCAGAAUUUUUUUUGGUGCUUUUCCGUAUUUUUCUCAUGUUCUCCCUAAAAUGAUCCCUCCCAGAAACCUGCCAGUUCAUUUCUCGAAAUUCGAGCGAAGCCUCCGACGUGUUCCUCACAUGGGACAUCCCAAUUAUAGCGGCUUGAUCGGCUAUCUUGAGGUUCUUUUUCGAAUUUUCGAAUCAACAAAUAAUUUUCUGAAUUCAGAAUUGCUGUAGAUUUGUCGACACCAACGCUGAAUUCGAAUGGGACGACGAUUCAUGA